GGCGGGGGGAGGUCAAGCGUAGCCUCUUCUCCUUUACCAAGAUGGCGUCUUGUUCCUGUUUCGCCACAGUUCCUACCUUAUGAGCUUGGUUUCCUCGCGCUAAUAAGAGAGGAACAGUAAAAGCUGGCAGGCUGACAGAGGCAACCUCGGGACGGACUUUCUGGCUACUGACCAUUUUGCUGUGUCUUACUAGGAUUGUGUGUGGACGUGAGAUCGACCAUGAGCUCCGUUGCAGUUUUGACCCAGGAGAGUUUUGCUGAACAUCGAAGUGGGCUGGUUCCACAACAAAUCAAAGUUGCCACAUUAAAUUCAGAAGAGGAAAGCGACCCGCCUACCUACAAGGAUGCCUUCCCUCCACUUCCUGAGAAAGCAGCUUGCUUGGAAAGUGCCCAAGAACCUGCUGGAGCCUGGAGUAACAAGAUCCGGCCAAUCAAGGCCUCUGUCAUCACUCAGGUAUUUCAUGUACCCCUGGAAGAGAGAAAAUAUAAAGACAUGAACCAAUUUGGAGAAGGUGAACAAGCAAAAAUCUGCCUUGAGAUCAUGCAGAGGACUGGUGCUCACCUGGAGCUCUCUCUGGCCAAAGACCAAGGUCUCUCCAUCAUGGUCUCAGGGAAGCUGGAUGCGGUCAUGAAAGCCCGGAAAGACAUUGUUGCUAGACUGCAAACACAGGCCUCAGCAACUGUUACCAUUCCUAAAGAGCACCAUCGCUUUGUCAUUGGCAAAAACGGAGAGAAACUGCAAGAUUUAGAACUAAAAACUGCAACCAAAAUCCAGAUCCCACGCCCAGAUGACCCCAGUAAUCAGAUCAAGAUCACUGGCACCAAAGAAGGCAUCGAGAAAGCUCGCCAUGAGGUCCUUCUCAUCUCUGCUGAGCAGGACAAGCGUGCUGUAGAGAGGCUUGAAGUGGAGAAGGCCUUCCAUCCCUUCAUCGCUGGGCCGUACAAUAGACUUGUGGGCGAGAUCAUGCAGGAAACAGGAACACGCAUCAACAUCCCUCCACCCAGUGUUAACCGGACAGAAAUUGUCUUCACUGGAGAGAAAGAGCAGCUGGCUCAGGCUGUGGCUCGUAUUAAGAAGAUUUAUGAAGAAAAGAAGAAGAAGACUACAACCAUUGCAGUGGAAGUGAAGAAAUCUCAGCACAAGUAUGUUAUUGGGCCGAAAGGCAAUUCAUUGCAAGAGAUCCUGGAAAGAACUGGAGUUUCUGUUGAGAUUCCACCCUCAGACAGCAUCUCCGAAACUGUGAUACUUCGUGGAGAGCCUGAAAAGUUGGGACAGGCAUUGACUGAAGUCUAUGCCAAGGCCAACAGUUUUACUGUUUCCUCAGUCUCUGCCCCUUCCUGGCUUCACCGUUUCAUCAUUGGUAAGAAAGGGCAGAACCUGGCCAAAAUCACUCAGCAAAUGCCAAAGGUUCACAUUGAGUUCACAGAAGGUGAGGACAAGAUCACCCUGGAGGGCCCCACGGAGGAUGUGAGUGUAGCCCAAGAACAGAUUGAAGGAAUGGUCAAAGACCUGAUUAAUCGGAUGGACUAUGUAGAAAUCAACAUCGACCACAAAUUUCACAGACACCUCAUUGGAAAGAGUGGAGCCAACAUCAACAGAAUCAAAGACCAGUACAAGGUGUCUGUGCGCAUCCCGCCUGACAGCGAGAAGAGUAACCUGAUCCGGAUUGAGGGAGAUCCACAGGGCGUGCAGCAGGCCAAGCGGGAACUGCUGGAGCUCGCCUCUCGAAUGGAAAAUGAGCGUACCAAGGAUCUAAUCAUUGAGCAAAGAUUUCAUCGCACAAUCAUUGGGCAGAAAGGUGAACGGAUUCGUGAAAUUCGUGACAAAUUCCCAGAGGUUAUCAUCAACUUUCCAGACCCAGCACAAAAAAGUGAUAUUGUGCAACUCAGAGGCCCCAAGAAUGAGGUGGAAAAAUGCACUAAGUACAUGCAGAAGAUGGUUGCGGACCUGGUGGAAAAUAGCUAUUCAAUUUCUGUGCCGAUCUUCAAACAGUUUCACAAGAAUAUCAUUGGGAAAGGAGGCGCAAACAUUAAAAAGAUUCGUGAAGAAAGCAACACCAAGAUUGACCUUCCUGCAGAGAACAGCAACUCUGAGACCAUUGUCAUCACUGGCAAGAGAGCCAACUGUGAAGCUGCCCGGAGCCGGAUUCUGUCUAUCCAGAAAGAUCUGGCCAACAUAGCUGAGGUGGAGGUCUCAAUCCCUGCCAAACUUCACAACUCUCUCAUUGGCACAAAGGGCCGUCUGAUCCGCUCCAUUAUGGAGGAAUGUGGUGGAGUCCACAUCCACUUUCCUGUGGAGGGUUCUGGAAGUGACACGGUUGUCAUCAGGGGUCCGUCCUCAGAUGUAGAGAAGGCCAAGAAGCAGCUCCUGCAUCUGGCUGAGGAGAAGCAAACCAAGAGUUUUACUGUGGACAUCCGAGCCAAGCCAGAAUAUCACAAAUUCCUCAUUGGCAAAGGGGGAGGUAAAAUCCGAAAGGUGCGUGACAGUACUGGAGCCCGCAUCAUAUUCCCAGCUGCUGAGGAUAAGGACCAGGACCUGAUCACAAUCAUAGGAAAAGAGGAUGCUGUCCGUGAGGCCCAGAAGGAGCUAGAAGCACUGAUCCAGAACCUGGAUAAUGUGGUUGAAGACUACAUGCUGGUGGAUCCCAAGCACCACCGCCAUUUUGUUAUCCGAAGAGGACAGGUUUUGCGAGAGAUCGCUGAAGAAUAUGGAGGGGUGAUGGUCAGCUUCCCACGCUCUGGCACACAGAGUGACAAAGUCACCCUCAAGGGUGCCAAGGACUGUGUGGAGGCAGCCAAAAAGCGCAUCCAGGAAAUCAUUGAAGAUCUGGAAGCUCAAGUGACGGUGGAAUGUGCUAUUCCCCAGAAAUUCCAUCGAUCUGUCAUGGGCCCCAAAGGUUCAAGAAUCCAGCAGAUCACUAGGGACUACAAUGUUCAAAUUAAGUUCCCAGACAGAGAGGAGAACCCAGUUCACAGUGUGGAGCCUUCCAUCCAAGAAAAUGGAGAUGAGGCUGGAGAGGGCAGAGAGACCAAAGAGACUGACCCUGGCUCUCCCAGGAGGUGUGACAUCAUAAUCAUUUCUGGCCGGAAAGAGAAAUGCGAGGCUGCCAAGGAAGCCCUGGAGGCACUGGUUCCAGUCACCAUUGAGGUAGAGGUACCCUUUGAUCUUCACCGUUAUAUCAUUGGGCAGAAAGGAAGUGGAAUCCGCAAGAUGAUGGAUGAGUUUGAGGUGAAUAUACAUGUACCAGCUCCCGAACUGCAGUCAGACAUCAUCGCCAUCACUGGCCUUGCAGCAAAUUUGGACAGGGCUAAGACGGGGCUACUGGAUCGAGUAAAGGAGCUACAGGCUGAGCAGGAAGAUCGGGCUUUAAGGAGUUUUAAGCUGAGCGUCACUGUAGACCCCAAAUACCAUCCCAAAAUUAUCGGGAGAAAGGGUGCAGUGAUCACCCAGAUCCGCUUAGAACAUGAGGUGAACAUCCAGUUUCCUGAUAAAGAUGAUGGGAACCAGCCUCAGGAUCAAAUCACCAUCACAGGGUAUGAGAAGAACACUGAAGCUGCCCGUGACGCUAUCUUGAAAAUUGUGGGUGAGCUUGAGCAGAUGGUUUCUGAGGAUGUCCCAUUGGACCACCGUGUGCAUGCCCGCAUCAUUGGUGCCCGAGGCAAAGCCAUCCGGAAAAUCAUGGAUGAGUUCAAGGUGGACAUUCGCUUCCCACAGAGUGGAGCUCCAGACCCCAAUUGCGUCACUGUGACAGGACUCCCGGAGAAUGUGGAGGAAGCUAUCGACCACAUCCUCAACCUAGAGGAGGAAUAUCUGGCUGAUGUGGUGGACAGUGAGGCGCUGCAGGUUUACAUGAAGCCCCCAGCACAUGAAGAAUCCAAGGCACCAUCCAAAGGCUUUGUGGUGCGAGAUGCUCCCUGGACCUCCAACAGCAGUGAGAAGGCUCCUGAUAUGAGCAGCUCUGAAGAAUUUCCCAGUUUUGGGGCUCAGGUGGCUCCCAAGACCCUCCCUUGGGGCCCCAAACGAUAAUGAUCAAAAAGAAACCUUUCCAGCCUGCUGCCCAAACCCAGCCACAUGAUGGUUCGUCUCAAUCUGACCCAGCAGCUGGACCCUCGUAAAUUGUUGAUGCUCUUCCCCCUCCCCGAGGUCUCGCAGCAAAGCCUGGUGGGCUGGCCUUGAGUGGCUGCUUCUCCAGGCCUGGUCAGCACCCAGCAGGCUCAGGGUCUACUCCUGAUGCUGUGCUCUGGGACAGGCACGCCACUGUGUGAAACACUAAGCAAGGUAAUCGAGCAUUUCGUGAUCACAGACUCCAGCUUCCUGGUCCACCCAGCAUGUAGUCAGCACUCUGACCUUCACACCAGAGCUCCAGCGGCUAGGAGCUGACUUCCUGUGUCAUGACCUCAGGAAAUAAAUUUCCUUGACUUUAUAAAAGCCAAAA